AUGAACAUUUUAUGUUAUUAUCGUGAUUGCACAGAAGAAGAUGCUGCAAAAAUGUAUAAAGAGCACAUUAUUGAUAAAAUUCAAGAUCAAUUGGAAUUUAAUCAAUACUUUACACGUCAGUGGGACAUUCAUAAACAACAGUGGAUAGCCGCUGCCAGACCAAAUGAAUUAACCGUUGUGAAUAACGUUUCUGAAUCUUUAUUUAAAAAGAUAAAAUAUCACGAUUUUGGCUGCGUUAAAAAUCAAAGAAUUGAUGUUUUUGUCAAAAAUCUUUUAGAAGAAGUUGCACCCAAUUACUUUUAUCGUAUUAAAAACAAUUUACUUCAAACAGGUUUUAUUCCUUCAAUUAGAAUUCGCGAGCCUCGAUUGACAGAUUAUAAAACAAAAUUGAAAAGAGAAGUUCAAUCACGUUUAUACCAAGUAUUAAAUUUUGUUCAGAAUCAAGAAGCCAAUUUGAAUCCAUUAAGAUUUUUAUUGGAAAAUGCUGAAGAAAAACUUUCUCAAAUAAAUGAGAAGAUACAAAAUUCAAUUACAUAUUUAAGAUCGUUUGAAAUUCCAAAUGAAUUGUUAGAUACGUAUAUGUUAGAAAUUAAUGAAUUUUGUUAUAAUUCUCCAGGUUAUAUUUUAGAACAUUUCGAAGAAUUUUUGGAGGAUUUCAAAGAAAAGAAUAAUUUAAUAGACUAA